AUGACGGGACGGCGCGUCGCUGCCGAAGUCUUCGUUGUCGUCGUCGCAGCACUUGCUCUCAUGCCCCUUGCUUGCCGCGCCGCCAUUCCCGCCGCUGCCGCGCCCAUGCAUCAUCGGUCCCUCGCUCGCCGGUUCCAGUCCACCGCUCUCUACGACAGAGUCCCGGCACUGGGAUUACCCAGCGGUGCUAUUGGCCAAUCGGGAGCGGCGGCGACGCGUCAUCGGACCAUGCUUGGAGCGAUUUCGGUGAACAACGAGACGAUUCUCCUGGUGCCGGAUCGGACGGCCAGGAGAGACCCGAUGAACGGGCUGCGGCCGUACGCUAGAGGAUGGGACCCCGCCGACCAGCACUAUUGGGCGUCGGUGGGGAUGACGGCGUCGUUCGGGCCGAUAGUGGGCGUGGCGUGGCUGCUGCUGGGGCUGGGCAUCGUGGCGGGCAUCUGCUGCACGUGCUGCUGCUGCCACGAGCGCUGGUCCCGCAUGCGCAGCGACGACUUCCGCCCGUACGCCAAGCGCGACCUCACGCUCCCGCUGCUCGUCAUGAUCCUUGCCAUCCUCGCCCUGCUCGCGGGUCUGGCGGUGAUGCUAGCGGGGGGAAUCAUGUUCCGCAGCAACGUGCACGCCAUAACGGAUUACGCCAUGGACCAGGUCAACCGCGCCGCCGCCAUCGUCACCAACGUCUCCACGGCUGUUGCUGACCUCUCCCACACGCACGUCGCCGGCGCUGCGCUUCCCUCGAACGCGACUGCAAGGGUGUCGCGCCUAGCAUUGGAUGUGAACGCGACGGCAGUGGAGCUGCAAGGACUGAUGGACAAAGGCACUGUCCUUGUGAACGCCUCUGUGCUGCUCAUUUAUCGAUUCAUGUUCGGAGUGGGUAUGACCAUUGUCCUGCUCUGCAUUCUCGGAUUCGUGUUUGCUCUCUGUCGAAUAGUGGCAGUAACAAACAUCAUCCUCGUGUUCCUCUGGAUCAUGGUUGUGUGGGCCUGGAUCGCCACUGGCAUAUUCUACGCCACCUACCUUGUGGAGGGCGACUCAGUGGCAGCGCUGGCGCAGGUCAUGCACAACCCCAGCGUCAACAGCGCCAUGAGCCAGUACCUGCCGUGCGCCAAGCAGGCGCAGAUGCAGGCAGUGGUCACCAUUGCACACUCCGCCAUCUUCACCUCGCAGACCUUCGUCAAGAAUGAACUGGAAAAGGGGUACCCUCAGGGCCUGCAAGCAGCAGGGGCAACGGCAGUGUGUGUGCCGUACGCCCCUCCCCAGUACAACCGGAAUGUCUCCAUCUGCAAGCCAGGCUCCCUCACACUCUCGCAGAUUUUCCAGAAACUGAACCAGUCAGGGAGCACAGGGAGCGCAGGCAUGCCAGAGGAGGUAUUAUCAGACAUGAGUGCAGUGCUGGUCAGCACAGACCGCUUGGAGAGUGCUAUUGAGGGCAUCAGGACCAUCAUUGACUGUGCCUAUGUCAAGAACGUUUCCCAGUUCAUAAUAGACCAAGCGUUCAAGCUGGAGAGCAACCUGCAGCUGCUGUGGAUUGGGUUCCUCAUCAUCGGCCUAGCCUGCAUGCUCUUCUGUGCUGCCAUGCCCACAUAUGCCUUCCGCGCUGCACGCCUUGCUCCUCCGGGGAAGGCCGACGGGUGA